AGGCGUGUGUGACAUUUGCUGCAUGAAGCUAGUUUACGAGCAGCUAGCCGGAUAAAGAUGAAGAACUAGGAAGUAAAUAGAAAAUACUUUGCCUCGUAACGACUGAGCUGAGGUUUGUGUUGCAGUUUGUUGUGUUACUCACAUUAGAUAAUACAGUUUAUAUAUCAAAUGUAGCGUGAGGUAAAACUUCCUAUGUGGCUAAACACGUUAAACACCAGUGAGCAGGCUAACCUUUCUGUCUCUUAACUUGUACUGUAACUGAAUGCUCACGUUGGGAUUCUGUCAGAGAUGUUGAAACUAGUCAGAUAACUAGUUCAUUUCUUUUUUUGCAUUGCAGUAUGGGUGUGCGUUAGCCGCGUGAGCCGACUUGGCUAACUGCAUUUUGCACACAAGGUUAACAUUAGCUUUAGCCGGCUAGCUCCUCACUCCCCUCUUGCUGCAGCUUUCUCACUUCCUUAUGCCGACUUGUCGGGACAGGUGUGCUGAACAUAAACCAGGUGUGGUGUGGGAUAGAUAGUGUGUGCGACUUAAUAACAGUGCUCACAGAGGAGCACGACGUCCUGCAGUCCACUUCACUGUUUUCUGUCACUUAAGCUGAGCCGGAGGUGGGACCAUGCUGCUCUCCUUGGUUGUGCACACAUACUCGCUGCGGUACUGGUUUCCAGCCACGAUCAUGCUGGGAACAGCCCCAGCUUACAUGCUGUCAUGGGGCGCCUGGCGCUUUCUUUCAACCGUUUUACCAGCGAGAAUAUAUCACAAGGUAGACGAUCGGCUGUACUCCGUGUACCAGAGUAUGGUGCUGUUCUUCUUUGAAAACUACACCGGAGUAGAGAUUAUUAUUUAUGGAGAUAUACCAAAGAACAAAGAGAACGUCAUCUACCUGUCCAAUCAUCAAUGUACAGCUGACUGGAUCAUUGCUGACAUGCUCGCCAUCAGGCAGAGCGCUCUCGGCCAUGUCAGAUACGUCCUUAAAGAUGGACUCAAGUGGCUCCCGCUGUACGGAUGGUAUUUCUCUCAGCACGGAGGAGCCUACGUGAAACGGAGUGCAAAGUUCAGUGAAAUAGCGAUGAAGAAGAAACUCUUCACCCAGACUCUGUCUGGAGCCCCAAUGUACCUUGUCAUCUUCCCAGAAGGAACUCGGUAUAAUCCAGAGCUCAAGAAUGUUAUCGCUGACAGUCAGGCUUUUGCUACAAAAGAAGGACUGGCUGUCCUGAAGCACACACUGACACCCAGAAUGAAGGCCUCUCACAUAGCCCUCGAGGCCAUGGAGGGCCACCUGGACGCCGUGUACGACGUCACAGUGGCCUACGAGGGAACGCUGGAAGUCUCCGGUCAAAGAAAACCUGCUCCAUCAAUGCCAGAAUUCCUGUGCAAAGAAUGUCCCAGAGUCCACAUACACUUUGACCGCGUGGACAUAAAGGAAAUUCCUUCUGAGCCACUGUUUUUCCGCAGGUGGCUGCACGAGCGGUUUGAAAUCAAGGACCGGCUGCUGACGGAUUUCUACGAGUCGGAGGAUGCAGACAAAAUCCGCAAGUUUCCCGGGGAAGGCAAACCUUCUCCUCUGAGCCUUUCUAAAACCCUCCCGUCAGUGCUGAUCCUGGGGGGACUGACACUGCCAUUACUGCUGACGGAGAACGGCAGGAAACUGUACGUGAGAACCUGGGUGUACGGGACUCUGCUGGGCUGGUUGUGGGUGAAUGCUUUUCCUUAACAAACAGGGCAGCGGCUGCCACGAUGAGAUGCACAAAAGACAUGGAGAGACGUUGCCAUUUUCCUGUAUCGCAACAACACAAGGUCUGUUCCAGAUGCAGAGCAGAAUCUGAUGAGAGGUUCAGAGAUUUACUCCUCAUGUCCGGCUCACUGUUGACCUUGAGCCGAAAGCUGAACGGAGAUACGGAGAAAUGUUAAGCUUUUUUGUGCUACUUGUUCCCUCACGUUAUUUGGAUUUGCAGCCUGUUGAAAAAACAUGAGUGGAAUUAAUGAAAGGUAUUCUUAAAAAUACCCCUAAUUAUCUACUCUGAAAUUAAAAAAAAGUAUAUAUACUUCUAAAAGUAAUUCCCCCCUUCAUCAGAUUUAGCCCAAAUAAUAUUUAUGCAUGCCCACUUUUCCAUCAAACAUGGGCCAGUUUUAAGCCCUUUGACAUAUUUUUGAGAGCAAAGUGUGCUAAGUGCUCUCAAAACAAGUUAAUUGAUCAUGUUUGGAUACUCUAUGUAGCUGAAACAGUACACCAGCCUACUGAUGAUAGAUCAUUAAUUAUUUAAGUGCACUGACUCAUUGACAUUGGUGUAAUGUCAUGUAUGCCAAGUCCCAUGUCAGGAGGUUUAUGCACCUGCUCAUUUAAAGUGAUAUAAGUAGCAUGCAGUCCUCUAUAGGGGCUCAUAAACCUGACACCAGCUGCAUUGUUUACCAUAAAUCUUCAUAUGACAUCACUUAGUUUUAUAAAAUCAUAAUGAAUGUAGCUGUAAACUCAUUUAUGCAUAUAUGAUAGAGCAUUUUUUCCAAAUUCUCAAACCCCAAGAUUUAGUUUUUACUACUUUGUAUCCUUAAAAAAAGAAAUCAAUCUACUGUACAUUUGAGACUUUGUCGCUGAACAGUGGCAGAUGCCACAGCAAGUUCAUUUGGAGGAAUGCGUGUUUAAAAAUUAAAUAUUGCUUUAACCUUAAAAUGUCAAUCAUUGCCAAAACCUGCUGUAUUUACCAUUAUAUUCUCCAUGUGUUUAAGUUGAGCAAUACCUGUUAAAUGCCAGCCUGAAUGACAGCUAAGAAACUUAAUGUCUCUUUUCUUCCUCCUUUUUUGGACCUAAAUACAUUAUAAUUAGAUUUAUUUUUUAAAUGGUUUAUUCACAGAUCCAUAACUUUUUAUAUGCAUUUGUUUCUUGAAUACUAGUUACAGCUGACACAAAAGUAUCUGCCUAGCAAAAAGCUGACAAAGCCAUGUUAACCGUAUAUCACAGGUCCCUGUGCACUCAAAGCCAUUUGUAUUAUAAAUGUCACUGUAUUGUGAAAAGCACUGUAUGUCCAUUGUUGUUUACUGUUAUGAAACCAUUGCAUUUUUUCCACGAGUCACUUUACAUGUUUGCCGUCUCGUCCUCGUCUAGAGUUAGUCUGAGAGAUGUUCUCCUCAUGUGGAAGGUACAGUAAACCUCAUAGUUUUUACAUGUUGCUCCAAUACCUCACUUGAAUAAUCCUUCCUGAAAUGACUUGUCAGACAUUUUAUAGUCAUUUUUAUCCUGACAAAACCAGACUGUAACUCAUCAGGAAAUCUCUAUGUAGACAGUAUUUAAAUGCCAACUGAUUUUGGAAAUGUGUGCCUUCUCUUUGGAGGAGUUGAUCCUCAGCCCUCUCACAGGGCCACUGUGGCUCUUUUUCACCAGGUGACUGCAUGGAGACGCUCUGCUGGAGCUGCUGCUCUUUGCAGCGUGUGGUCACAUUGUCUACAGUUCAUAGUGGCUUAUUUUGCUCGAAGAAUGCAUUGAUUUACACUUUUUAAGGGUUAUUAUUAAACAAUGAAACCUUUAUUGUAUGUAAGUUCUGGAAAUGGGGGCUCAGAGAGAAAUAAAGUGGUUUUCUUUUGGAGAGUCAAGUUUUUUUUUUUCUGUUGUCUUACUGAACACAUGACUUAAGUUAAAACUUUGUACUAUUUCACAGGUAUCAGAGAUGCACAAGUAAAUGUAAUACUGGUACAAUG